AUGCUUUCUGGAGGAUCAGGACUUCAAACUUCUACAUCUACUCCAAAUAAACAUUCUAAACCAGAAUCAAUUUCUAGAGCUAGCAGAGGAGGUCAAGGCAGCGUCAUCAAGUUCUUCCCUCGCAAUGGAUCUUCAAUUCCUCCACUCACGCGGAAACCCCACUGGGCCAUCGUGGCUCCGCGCGGUUGCGGGCCGGCGUGGAGAGGCGGGACGUGGAGCCCGGGGGCGGGGCCUGGCGCCCGGGGGCGGGGCGCAGCGAGCCGGGCUCCUGCUGUCUGUUCUCAGCUGCGGCGGCAGGGGCUGAGGGCACAGCCAGCGGGCGGCGCGCCGCGGACUCCCAGGCAGCCCGCCGAAAGGAUCCAGAACGUCAUCGUAAGAAGACAGCCGCCAGUCCUGCUCAUCUGGAGAAUUGUUCUCACAGUCUGCAGCCAGGAGGUACGUUCAGGUUUAGUCCUGUUAAGUUCCCUAAUACUCUUAUUAGAAGUUAUGGUCAGCAAUUCCCUUUGUAAUCAUCCCUGCUUUUUAGAAUGCUUAUUCCUGUUCAUCAGCUCCACCCAAGGCAGCAGUUUCUUGCCAGGAAGAGCUCAGAGAAAAGAAUUGUGCGGAUGUCUUGCUAUAUGUUGCAAUGUCUCUUGAAACAAGGUGGUUCUGGAAGCUUGAGAGUUUUGCUUCUGUUUAAGGUGGGAAAGAAAGUUGUGACUGAGAAAAUGGGAAUGGAUUUAGGGGGUGGAACUUCAUUUUAGAGCUAUGUGAUGAAAUGUGAACUGAGUUUUUAGUACAAUUUUCAUGUCGGUGUAAUAAAUAGUUAAGCAUUAGAAUGACUUCCGGUGCCAUGUUAUUGUACUCACCUGGAAGUUAAACAGGCUGUUCUGAAGCAGCUCUCUCGCUUUAAAAGAUUUUGGUCUCAAACCACUGUAUUCUGGUGAUUCUAAAUGUGGUAAUCUUUCUGGUUUAGUAUGUUUCACAAAAUCCCAGACUCAACCAAUAUAAUCAGUAUGCUUUGCUUAGUCAUUAAGGUUUUCCAGGGUAAAAUAUGCAAAGAUAUUAAAAUCUGAAACGUAAGUUUUAUAUACUUUGGGGACUUGGAGGUUUACAUCAUGUAUCUGCAAACAUUUUCUGUAAAGGACCAAACAGUAAAUAUUUUAGGUUUUUUCUAGGCCAUAUGGUCUUGUCACAUGACUCAAUUCUGCCAUUUUAGCAGUAGAGCACCCCUAGAUAAGAUACAAAGGAGUAUGGUAUGUUUCAAUAUAACUGUAUUUGCAGACACUGAAAUUUAAAUUCUGUAUUAUUUUCAUGUGUUGUAAAAUGUAUUUCCCUUGCUAUUAGUUUUCCAGCUCAAAGGUUAGGAAAAAAAAAUGGAUGAAAGGGUGGAUUUGGCCUACAGUUUGUACUUUACUGACCCUACCUCUAGAUCAAUAAAACAAGUCCAUUUCUGUGACUCUCCACUUAGUUUGUACUCCCUGAUGCUGCAAGAGUCUUAUAUUAUAUUCAUGUUAAACUAAUGUUUUCCAAAAUGAAUGGGACACAUGUCAGAGGCGUUAGUGCCUCUUGGGUUUAGGCAUCAUAUUUUUAGCAUUGUGGAAAAAGGGAGCAGUGUCAAAUAUUAAAGCCACCUGGAGCAUCUUGGGUGUUGAUUCUGAUUAUUCUAGGAAUAAAUCUUUGGCAUUUGGGGCAUUCUACCUUCCCAGUCAAUAACCUCCCAACCUCUCUCACCCGCUCUCAACCUUCUUUCCUCCCACCCUCUCAUAGCUCCCUUUUAGCUCUUGAGCCAGGUAGCAGGACAUGAGACAAUUGUCAACUUGGUUGCUGCUGUUCAACAGGUCAUUUGACAGAAGGUUUCUUUAUUUUCUGUUUUUAUUGUUUCUCUGUGAUUAAAGGAGUUCAUUUCAAACACAUGGCAAGAGUUGUUUGGCCAUAGCUAUUCCUCAGUGUGGGCAAACUCAAGUAUCGGAAACAAACCCAUCCACUGCCCUCCCUCUUACUCUCUACACACACCUAAAUAAUUAACUUGAGGCAUGAUGAUUGAAGAAAAAUAUCCU